UCCGUAACAGAACAGAUCGAUCGAGUGUUUUUCGCUUGCGCGAUUGGUAUCCGAAUCGUCGACGGGCAAUCAGACUUAUGUUGUGUCUUUUGACUGAUGGAGCGACAAAUUCCUGGACAGUGAAUAUGGAGGAAGCAGGGCGAUUGCGAAGGGCAUCCAUUGGAGCGGGGGGGGCAUCGGGGGGAGGGGUGGGGGCGGGAGCGGACCUGUUGCAACAGAAGAAGCGCCAGCAUAAGGAAACGACUAUUGAAAGGAGCCAGGAUGCGGAGUUUGUCAGGGACGCGAUGGCGGGGAUGUUGGAGUGCCUCACGCGGUCGAAAAGCAGUAUCUCCUGUGCGACUCAGCACGCUUUUGUGUGCGCUCAUCAUGGGCUCGGGGAGCAGGUGGUGGAGAUGAUUGUGAGCGGGAUGGAAAAGGAGAAGGGUCUAGAGAGGCGGGCAGAUUUCUUUUACCUCCUGGACUCUAUUGUGCAGAAUUCCAGGACAAAGGGAGGGAAAUCGAAGGAUGUGUAUCCACGGGAACUACAAAAUGUACUCCCCCGUGUGUUGAAUGCGUUGGCCCCGGAUGGGGCCAGAGGGAGGAGCAAUCGGCAGCUCUGUUACCAGGUGCUGACUUGCUGGAUGGAGCGCAGAGUUCUUCCGGUGAAGGUAAUGGAGAAAUAUUUGGCCCAGCUCAAGGUGCUGAACAAUGGCAUGGCAUACAGACAACGUCCUUCUGAUCGUGCAGUUCACGACGUUUUUCCCGACUUGGAAUCAUAUGCCAGUUACGAUUUUGACGAGUAUGGCAGCAAUUUCAUACAUGCAUCACGUCUCUUUUCUGGAACUAUGGGGGACCCUGCUGCUUCACGAGCGAGUGUGCUGAACCUUGGCAGAGACCUCUCACCAGAUUCGGUGAUGGCAAAAAGCCUGGAGAGAGUCAUGAGGCUGGAUACUCCGGCUAAAGAGUCUCACGGGACACCAAGGAAGAAUGGCGCACCCCAACAAAUUAUGGUAGAGGAAGCACUUUCUCCAGUGGUGAUGGAUUUGAAGGUGGGGGGAAGAGGUGGUGUGGGUGCAGGAGGGUCGUGUAGGUUCAACAAACCAUGGGGAAGUGGUGGUUUGGUGGGAAGGGAAGUGGGCCGGAAGUCUGAGGGAAGGACUGAUGCUGUGGCGGUGAGCUGCAGGCCGAAGUUGGAGCAAGACUCCGCUGCUGGUGAGAAGUCGAGGGUAAACCUUGCCCGAGGUAACCCUGGAGGAUAUCAUAACAGCACCAAAGUUCAUCGGGAAGAACUGGUCAAUGUUAAUUCUGUUCCCCAGCAAGGACGCGAGGUGAUGGGGCAGCAGAGGAUUGGGUUGAUGACAAUGCGGGGGCAGCGGCAGCGACAGGCGGAGGAGAGUCUGCCUCAACACGAUUGCCCGAGUGCUGCGAGGAAUGUGGCGGCUGUUGAUCCUUUGCCACAAGAUGGCAACGCAGUGCGUGCGCACAUGGCAGCCAGCAGGAAUGCUUGUGCUGUAGCGAGCUCGCAGAGUAACACAUUCAAGGUAUUCGCAAAGCGACAACAGCAAGAAGCAAAAGAAGAUAGUACUUUUGCCAGAUUGAGGCAGACUGGGAAAGAUGAAGAUGAUUUUGUGAGAUUGCUAGAGGUUGCAGUAAGAAGUGCACAAAUGGCUUCUGAUGCAGAAGCAGGGGUAGUGCCCUCUGUCCCCACCGCAAUAGCAAACUCUAGACAGCUAGGAUGUGCUCCCCGCCCUCCUUGCAAUUAUGCAAGUGCAUGGUUAGUUGAGGAACAGGAGCGUUCGAAACGCACCGAGGAUGGAUCUGCAGGGGCUUGCCAAGCAUCUGAGACCCGUCCAGACUCCUGUGCAGGACCAACAGGUGAUGACUCGAGCUUCCAAGAUGUAUCAAUAUUAGGCUUGGCACGGUCCAUGGAGUCGGGGGGCUGGAGGGCCCGAGGAAGUAAUGGCAGUGGUGAUGGUAUGCUGCACACAUGUGGAUCGCCCAUCGGCAGGAUCUCCGAGCAGACUGGAGAGGGGCGGGGAGAGGAAUUGAUUGCUUGCCAUGGUGUGAGCCCGAGCCAGAAGACAGCUGAAACUACCCUAUACACUGGGCUUUUGCGAGUGAAGCCCAGCCAAUCACACGGGUCCUCACCUACGGAUCGUGUUCAGGAGCAGGGUUCUGCUGGUCGGAAAGUGCCACCUCCACCUCCACCACCCCCGCCCCCCCCACCGCCUCCUCCUCCGCUGUCUUUGCGGUUGGUGAGUGGUUACAUGGUAGACAGUCAGCUGCCUGUACUCGAGCAGAAUCGGCAACACAGAGCACAAGGUCGGCAAGUGCGCACUGUCUCAGAUGUGACGGCCCAGGAUUGCCAGAUGCAAGUUCCAGUAGGCACAGUGGCGCAUUUUGCUGCUGAUAAUGUACAUAUCCCAGGAGGAAACAAUGAUGAUCUGUGUGCCUCCAUACCAUCACCUGUACAGUCCGACCCUGUGGGCGAUGGGGUGAUGAAAUUAUCUCCUGUCGUUACAUUUUUGGCAGAGGCUACAGCGAAUGCGGAUUUAUGCCAGGCGGCCAACAUUUCUGUGAGUCGGGCGCCUGUAAGUCUACCGCCUUUGAGCCUGCCGUCUGUAAGUAUACCCGGUGUGGGCAUGCCAACUCUCAGUCUACCUGUGUUUGGCAAUGGAUACUCGGUAGAACUGCCGUGGGCGCGAGCGGAUGCUUCUGAUUACACAUGCAAGGAUAUGGGAGUUGAGGGACCACCUCUGAAGAGGUGUGCAGUGGAUACGGGGAGUGCGCAUAGCGCUGGAGGGGAGUCUCCUCAACUGCAGUUCUCUGGAAUGAGCGGUGAUGGCUUUGCAACAGUUGGCUCCUCUGCAGGUACCUCUGUGGGUAUGAGUGCUGUUGCAGCUCCUCCGCAGCAGCCGGUGAUGAAGCAGGAGCACCAAAGCGAACCGUUAAAUCUGAGCAAUAUGUCUCCACAAAUGGGGCAGGUGCCAUCUGAUGGAGUGGCCGGAUCCACACCAUCGCAGCCCCAGAUUUCACCGUGUUCCUUGUCGAUAGUGGCUGGAGACGUGGAUGUGUCCUCUCAGACGACAGUGUCGCCAUUGGAUGGCCCUCCAUCUGUCCAGCUAACUGGGAGGCAGCAAUCCGGGUGUGGGUUGCCGCCAGAGAGUUCAUUUAACAUCCUUUACACAGGAGUUGUAGGCGGUCCUCAGACGUUUGGAUCUGAGGCGCAUAAUGACUUGAAUCAGCCAAACACAAAAGAGGAUGGUUUUGUGGUUGCCAGCACUGUUUCGGCUUCUGCUGCUGCUGCCACUCCACAAUGCUGUAAGGUUCAAGGCACAUCAUCUGCUAACGAAAUGGACAGUAAUUUUGUCAAUGCGGAGAAUUGUAUGCAACUGGGUGCGCCCAUUGCAAAUAAUCAUGAUGAUAUACAGUGUACAGCAAAUGUGGAGGAAUCGGGGAGACCAAAUGUGAAUAGUGGUGUGGUUGAGAUGGAGAAGUCACAAGCUUCGGGUUUGUAUUACAAAGCUGAUGCAACUCCUGACUCAGUGAUGCAUCCGCAGCAGCAGCUGAGCGAGUUCUCCACUCCUAUGCAUGCAGCAGAUGAAGUGGCCCAGCCAUUGUCGAUAUCUGCUACAGAGUGUGAGGGUAGUGAUGCUGCCGUCCAGUUGUUGGAGAGGUUUGGGGAUAUGGAGGAUUCUUGCAAUGCGACCAGUCUAUAUGAAACUAGUCCCUUACCAAAUAGUUACCAAACGGUGGGUGACUUACAGGACCUGGCACCCCCUGCGUGCUCGACAUAUCUUGCAUUGGAGGGUGUUAUCGAUGGAGUGUCCAGCAUGCCCCCGGUGCCCGAGGCAGCACUUGUUCAUAUGCCAGAGGGUAGAUUUGAUGGUUGUGGAACAUCUGCAGGGCCUGAUGUGAGUGGGUUCAAUGGCAGUGCUUCACGUGCCAGCAGUGGGCAGGCACAACUGGUAUCUAAUAACUAUGUGGGAGCACAAGUGAUGGACGUCAGGGAAUCGUCAGGGUUACAAGCCAUGGAGAACGCAAGCUGUGAGAUGGAGCAAAGUCAAUCAGGCAGUGGUGGAACAUACAGUGAUGAAUGUGUGCCAAUGGUGAUAGCCGAGAACAUGGCCCCUGAGACCCCAAUGCAGUGCUCGGGGUUGGCUCCACUCCCUACCUCGCCACCACCAUUGCCACCAUCCCCCCCUCCAUUGCCGUCUUCACCCCCUCCGUUUCAACCACCUCCACCACCCUCUCCACCUCCCACUCCCCCGUCUCCAAUCCCAAUGCAACUGUCAUCACCACCUCCCCUCCCACCAUCCGGGACGCCACCCUUCCAACCMCCCCCCCCCCCYCCSYSCCUAAGUCCUGAUUUACCAGUGGCUCCUCCCCCCCCUGAAAGAGUGCUGACUGGCAUGCAGAUUGGGCAUCCUUUCGCUUCUUCAGGGAUGGAGGAAGUGCCAACCUUCCCUCUCGUCUCCUCCUCUUGCACUUCUCUACCUUUUCUGUCAGUUACAAGUGCACAAGAUGGACGGCGACCUCUCGACUUGGAAGUCCAACAACACAGUCAACGAAUGUUUCUGCAGCAGCAGCCUCCGUCGCUGAAGUCUCAAGCUCAGGUCCAGGUGCAGGGCUACUCUAGUAACCCGCUCCUGUGCUUUGUUAAUCCGAUGCCAGCAUUUCAGCAGCCUGCCCCCUCUUUGAAAGAGAAUGUGCAGAGGAUGGUCUGCUUCCAAAGGGUGUAGAAUAUAUGUAGCUGCACGCGCGCGAAUAUGCGGAUGGAUCAUCGAUAAAUGGCUGGGAUAAUGCGAGCUGUGCCUGUGGUAUUCAAGCAGGUAGGACUGACUGCUGACAGCAGGAAACGGGGCGUUUCCAGCCGGAGGCACUUCCGUUGAGGGAGGGAGGAACAGCAGGGAUGUCGAAGUGGAGUUCCAGUUUUGUGUCCUACAUCGACGGAGGGGUGGGAAGUUACCAUGUUGGUUGUGGGUCAAGUGAAGGGGGGUGGGCAGGCCAGAUGCUUUCUCAACAGGUUCAAUUGGCUGGCAGCGAGGUGUGCCUGAGAUCAUCUGGCUGCAGAGUGUUUGGUAUGCCUUGUGGGRGGGRGGGAAAGGKGGGGGGGGGGGGGAUGCUGCUUUGGUGUUUGGUGUAAAUUAGCAGUCUCUCUGCUCAGUGCGGCCAGGCUUCUCGAGCUCUUUGUAGCCCUUCAUGUAACUUUUUCUCUCUCGUAAAUAUCUUGAAAUUUUUAUGUCAGUUACUUUUCUCUGUCUGGUGUAAGUUACUGUUCUUCUCGUCUACUGCAGCCCCACCCUCGCCCUGGCUCGUGCUACCCCCCGCCCCCCCUCUUAUGCACAUGUACACAAACAAUUCCCUGCUAACUUGGCUCCUCGCUGCAUGAGCUCCAAGCUGUUCUCAUCGGGUGUGCUCUCCACUCCACCUUUGAGACUGUUGCCUGGUAUGAUCGGGGCAACAUCAGGAGGAUUGAUGAAGAGAUAAAGGUUCUGCCUGGUCAUCGGGGGAGUGUUGAAGAUGAAAAGUGAACGCCUGGUGUAUUGGCUAAUGCAAGGAGUCCUUGAGCAGCAGGCGGCCAGCCAAUGAAUACAUGCGUCCCAG